AUGGCUUCGUCGGAGAAGCGCCGGGCGAGCACCUCGCCGUCGGCCACCGCCCUCGACUCCACCACCACCACCACCACCACGACCUCCUCCACAAACACCGCCUCGGCGUCGCCGUACUUCCUGCCGGAGCUGAUCCCGUCGGUCGCGAGCCGCCUGACGACCCUCCAGGACUUCUUCGCCCUCCGCGCCGCCUGCCGCGCCUACCGGGAUCUCCUUCGGCCGUCGCCGGCCAACCUCGCCUCCCAGGCUCCGCUCCUCCUCUUCCCCCGCAUGGCCUCUGCCUCGGGGGCCCUCUUUCACGUCCCCCUCCGCCGCAUCCUCCGCUUCCGCCUCCCCUGCACCGACCACAGCCUCACCGAGUUCUACUCCUCCGGCUACCGCGUCGCCAUCCAGGACCGCGACCGCUAUGACACCCACCGCGAGCUCCGCAUCCGCCACCUCCUCACAGGCGAGCGAGCCCGCCUGCCCGAUUCCCCGGAACCGUGCUACUCUGAAGAAGUCGUCUUUUCUGGCGACCUCGUUGUCACCUUCAGGAAGCUCUGCCGCGUCCUCUACUACUGCCACAUUGAGGAUGAUCACUGGCAGGCAGCGCGCUGCGAUGUAGGCCACCUGGUUUACGAUCUGAUGUUCGUGAAAGGCACCCUCUAUGCGCUGAUUUACAAUCACCCACAUUACCGCCUCGCUGUCGUCGAGCUUGACAAGAACUCUGCGGUAUUGUCGUUUCUUGGAGAUAAAUUGAGUGUGCCGGACGAUAAUUGUCCAAGGUUCUGGCUAGCGGAGCGGUGUGGUGAGUUAUUGCUCAUUGUAAGGGUGGAGUACAAUCCAUGGGUGUACCAUGUUUUCUGUCUGCAAUCCGGGGAGGGGAAGUGGGUGAGGACUACUAGCCUUGGUGGUUGCAGCUUGUUCUUUAAUUGGCAUGAGUUUGCCGGUUGCCUUGGUCCAGACCAUCCGGCAGUUCGAGGGGACUGCUUGUACUUCACUGGGUACUCUGGGAAGUGGAGCGAGUAUUCUUUGGUUGAUGGGUCUUAUCAUGAAUUCGUUAUAGACCACCCAGGGCGAACUGAGGAUUAUGGGUCUCCGGUUUGGGUCCUUCCAAGCAUUUCCUGA